CAAAAUGCUUCAUCAGGCCUUCCCCUAAAUCCCAACGGAGGGAACCUUUAGUAUGAAUGCACAAAAACGAUCGAGCCUUGUAGAACAGUCUCAGAAUUGAGAGAGAGAAUAUCGGACAGACAUGGAAGAGCGGCUCAAGUGCAUGGCUUUGGUGGGAGGUGGAGCUCUUUUGGGCUCUGUUUCUACUCUCUUUCUUCUCAAGCUUCUUCGCAGGAAGCUUGAAAGCCAGUGCAGUAGUGUAAAGGCUAUUGAAUUCGACGGAAAAGAAUUCAAAGCUGCACCGGCCAUAAAAAACUGCAUGGUUGCCGAGGACAGGGAUGGUGGGAUGGAUGGUCAAGACCUUCUAAAAGAUGAAAUAGUUUCUGAACAACUUACAAGGAACAUCCAAUUCUUUGGUCUUGAGUUCCAACAGAAAGUGACUGCAUCAUACGUUGUAAUAAUUGGUCUUGGAGGGGUUGGAAGUCAUGCUGCAUCUAUGCUUUUAAGAUCAGGGGUGGGACGACUCCUUCUUGUUGACUUUGAUCAGGUAUCACUUUCAUCACUGAAUCGACAUGCUGUUGCAACAAGGGAAGAUGUUGGUAUUCCAAAAGCACAGUGCCUCAAGAAGCAUUUUUCAGCAAUUUUUCCAGAGUGCCAGAUAGAUGCAAGAGUGUUAUUAUAUGAUGCAUCAUCUGAGGAAGAUAUUCUUUCUGGCCAUCCUGAUUUUGUUUUGGACUGCAUUGAUAACAUUGAUACGAAGGUGGCACUUCUUGCUGCAUGUGUACGUAGGGGUCUGAAGGUUCUGUCUGCAACUGGAGCUGGUGCUAGAGCUGAUCCAACAAGAAUUCGUGUGGCUGAUUUAAGAGAGUCAACAAAUGACCCACUGUCUCGAUCAGUAAGGCAUCGUUUGAGAAAAGAUUACGGCAUAGAAGGUGGCAUUCCUGUAGUAUUUUCUUUGGAGAAACCUAAAGUAAAGCUGCUGCCUUUUAAAGGGUCCAACGGAGAAGAAGAGAAUCCUUCAGAUUACCAAAUAGUACCGGGUUUUAGGGUUCGCAUCAUACCAGUUCUUGGAACCAUUCCUGCAAUUUUUGGACAGAUCAUGGCCUCAUAUGUUGUGACACAACUCGCUGGUUUUCAGGUUCACACAGAACCUGUGGUAAAUUUGGAUACUGAUCACUACCACAUACUUCAUCAACGUCUUAUUGAGCAUGAGGAGUUGCUGUAUGGCACAGCCAUGCAAGUCCAGGUAGAUGUUGCAGAAGUAAUGUACAUUGUGAAGGAUUUGUGGCAUGGACGAAGCGCAAGAGAACAGUCUAUAGAACAUGUAGGGCGUGGAAUGUGGCGAUCUGUUAAUGAAUUGAUGCUUGUUAGGUGGGAUCAGAGAAAGCCAGCGUCUGUUUCAAACUUAAUUCUUCUAAAAUUUAAAGAGGCAGAUGAACAUGAAUCAAGGACACUUGAUGAUAUAAAAGAGAAGGAGCCAGAAUAUUUUAAUAGAGUGACAUCUGUGCUCAAGCGAGCUGAACUGGACUUCGGUUUGUAAGCAUCAUAUACUCCUGUGGUUAGGAAGGAAAGAGGCAGGUCUCAAAAAUGAGAAACUUCUGCUUUGUGAGCUGAACUGACUUCUCUUUUUUUGUUCAAUUUUGUAAUUUGGACCCUUUUAAUUUCUAAUAUUAUAUAUUUAUAUGUAACUUUCAGGGGGUAUAGCAUAAAGUUUUUUUCUUUUCUUUCUUCUCCAUGUAAGAAAAUUUGGGCAGUGUUAUUGAGGCUGAUUAAUAACUUGCCCAGCAAAAUUUUCUUGGAAAUGUCUUCCUCAAAGAAGCCACAAAAUACCACCUGUUCUAAUGCUUAGUUGUGUAAUCUUAUAUGAAUCUGUUUGGUUGG